CGUGGCAGUUUCUUACAAUUCAUUUGUAAUCUCACAGAUAUAAAGUCAUCCGCCGCUGUAAUGUCGCUUUCGAACUACAGUCUGCAGUCCAAGGUGCUGCUGCAUCCACUCGUGAUGUUCCAGAUCGUCGAUGCCUACGAGCGUCGCCCCAUGGACAACACACAGGUGAUGGGAACUUUGCUGGGCACCGUCGCUGGCAAUACGGGCCGCAUAGACAUCACCUCGUGCUACAGCGUGGUGCAUCGCCAGCACGACGACGACAGCAGCCACAUUGAUCUGGAUCUGAGGUACGACAGCGACAUGUGUCAGCUAACGCAGUUCUCCUAUCCGCAGGAGAAGGUGCUGGGCUGGUUCAGCACCGGCAGCCACGUCUCCGAGGCCGCCGUGGAGCUGCACGAAUUCUACGCCCGGCGGUGCCAAAACGGACAGCCGCUGCAUCUGCUGAUGGACACAUCGCUGCGCGGCAAACUCAUGAAUCCGCGCCUCUUCUGUGCCGUGCAAACGGGCGUGCCCGGUGGCACCAAGGGCCUGAUGUUCACGCUGCUGCCCAUGGAGAUCUACUUUGGCUCCGCGGAGACUGCGGCCCUGCGUCACAUGAACAAGCAGUGCCUCAGCCAGGCCAAAGACGCGGGCCCCACUGUGCCCCAAUUCAAGCAGGUUGUGGAGUCGACUAAGGAGCUGCAGCUGCGCCUCGAUCUGAUACUAAGCUACAUCAACGAUGUCCUCAAUUACAAGAAACUCCCCGACAACUCCGUGAGCCGUGCCCUGCAUGAUGCCUUGUCCGCCAUACCGCCGGUGGAGUCGGAGCGUUUUCGUCACAUGUUUAAUAACAAUGUGCGUGAUCUACUGAUGUCCAUGACGCUCUCCUCGCUGGUCAAGAACCAGUUGGAGCUCAGCGAGCAGCUGUCCAAUAUGUCGGAUGCUUAGACUCAAACACUGGCGAUUUUCCAAACACAAUUAAUCAAUAAAGCGACGCCUUUUCGUGUGGGAGGGCUAUCCCGACACGUAGGCCGCGCUCUGUGCAGCAGUCAA